UAGCGCGUGCUAUUGUUUUUAUUGAAAUAAUCAAUUCGAAUUUUUUUUGUUUUAUUACUAGAAUCAUAUUGUUUGCCAAUAGCUGGUCAAAGUUUCUUUUUUCUUUUUCACAAACUACUUGUAAUUUGCUAUAGACAUAGAAAAGAACGCUAUUAUCGUGAGACAAAAUUUUUAAAGCAAUGAUCAAGGAUUUAAUAUAAUGAUCAAUGGCAAGAUUAAACAGCUGCAAUGCCCCGAGUACAUCAUCAAGCAUACAAUGAGCAGAACCUAAACUAGGAUGGAUAGGAGUAUUCAAAUAAUACUUAUAAAGUAUACAUAACACUUUUCUGGAUAGUUCACUUGCUUUUUCGAAGGCACCUUCGGCUAAACAGACGCUAGUCUCAUGCAUGUAGCAAAAUGCUAUGUGUUAUUGGUCUUGAUCUUGAUGUUCAUUGGAAUUCAUUUGCCACAUGGACAGUGGUUUUUGAUAUGAUAUAUGAGCUCGUCUGUAUUGUUUUCUAACUACGUAAACAUGACCAAUUUCAUCAUACACAGAUGCAACUUCCGCACAAUGAGUCUUCGAAUUGAUCGUUGCAAAAGUUGUAAGUGAUCUUUUGUACCAAUGCAAGCUUUGCCCAUAAUGAUGUUGACCGCUUGCAAUGUUGCCCAUGAUUAGUUGACAUUGUACUUGUUCAACAAGAUUAGUAGGUGGAAGUUCUAGUAGAAUAUGUCGAAAUAACUUGGAUGCAAAUUUGUACUUUUUCAUAUUGCAAAGAAGUAAACCAAAUGAACUGAGAGGUAACUCAAUUUCCUCUUUGUUUGCAUAAUUAUAACGUAAGCGAUGAAAAAGAUAUUUUAAUUCAUGUUCCUCUUCGUUGCUCAAUCUCAUUUUCAUUAUCCAGAUAGGAUAAUGUCCAUCAUCCUGUUCUUCACAGUGAACGCUCUUCAGAUAAAAGAUUGAGCCAACAUCGAAAAGAACUUCUUGUUCUUUAGGUAUCGCAGAAUUUUCUUCAAUAAUAGCAAAUGGUUUACUUCUACACUUUGGAUCAGCAUCAAUAUCGAAGAUAACAAGUUCUUCAUCACCGUCUGUUGUCUGAAUUUUUUGUAUCGCCUAGAUAUUGCAUCGCUACAUUUCUAUCGAGUGUUGUUGAUAAAAACGGGGUGUAGAUGUGAGUAUUACUAUGUCCCACACCCACACCCAAAUAAGAACACCAAAACAUGCCUCUGCAAGUGACAUUAGGUUACCAUAGCCGUAUCUUAGGACAGGAACAAGGAAUAGGUCUGAAACUUUCACAAUAAACCACUCUCAUUGAGACCUCAUUCUAUACAAAGUUUCAAGUAUGGGUGUGGGUAUUGUUCUUUUCUUCCGCAACACCCAUACCCACACCCACCCACCACUUACACCUCACACCCACACCCACACCCCACAUCCACACCCUGAAAGCGAGUUUUAUUCUUGUAUUGAAAAGCGGAAAGAAUGCGGAGAGUGGAAAAAUCAGGAGAAAGGCCAAAUAGUGGAAGAAAUAGCAACCCUGUUUUAAGUGAACUAGUGUUAAUCUACCAACCAUGCCUAAUACUUUUUUCCAAUAAGAAAUCAAACGUAUCGUCUCUUAUGUAAUACAAACUUUUUUUAUCAAACCAUAUACACCUAAAAUAUGACACCUAUGAUUUUAUUGGAUUCCGGAAUAAAUAUGAACUUUUCACGGGCAUUUUCUCGGCAUUAGACAGAAAGACAUUGUUUCCGCUCUCAUUGGCGAUUGAACUACUUGGCAUGUAGAAGUUGUUGAUUUAGAAUAGAAUUCAUCUCAUUCACUUUUCACCGUGUUUGACCUGUACGUGUUAAAUAAGAAGAAAAAAAAAUUAUUCGAUCGGUUAUUCGUUAAUUGAUAGUAAAUUUAGACUAAACAUAGAAAUGCUCAUUGUUUUCAUUGACGACAUCGGUCAGAUAGAACAGAUGAAUAUAGAUAUACAUUCAUAAGAAAAGCAAGAAAAAAACGAAUGACAAGCAUAAAUAUGGAACAUUCAGGUGUUCAACUUGAGGAUUUACCAGAUGAAAUUCUUCUGAUUAUUUUCCAAAAAUUAUACAAUUGCGAUGUACUUUAUUCUUUCAUGGGCCUUAAUCAAAGACUUGAUACAAUUCUCUACGAUAGAAUUUUUACAAGAAAUUUAUCAUUAAUAAAAUAUGUUCAUAGGUCAUCAUAUCAAUUUAAUAUAAUACUUGAUCGAUUUUCUCUUGAAAUUUUACCUAAAAUCAAUGAUAAAAUUGAACGACUUAGUAUUGAAUCAUCAUUUAUUAAACGUAUUCUUCUGGUAACAAACUAUCCUAAUUUACAUGCUCUUGAUUUAUAUGACUUUGAACCUGAAACAGCCAGUACACUCUUCCGUCAAGCAACUACCCAAUUUAAAAUACUUUUCGCUAAUCCAUGA